UUAGGGCAGUUUGACCCUUUAAGGAUCAAGGGUUUCUUGUUUGGUUUACCACCACCACCACAAAAGGAAAAAAAUAGACGAGUGCAAUUUCUUUUUAUUAUUUUAUCAAUCUACUUAAAAUGUAAAUGGCGAAUAAUUAUCGUUACCGAGCCAAGCGAAUUACUCACAUUUAUUUUGAAACCUUCUGGCCCCUACUGUUUCCGGGUUUUGUCGAAAGCAACUUCCAUGAUCGCAUCCUGAACAUAGAACUAUCCAUGAUUCUGAUCGUCGCCCGCUGACUAGAAUGGACGAAUUUCAGGUUGACGAGACAACCUUUGUCGUUGAAGAAGUUAGCAAAAUAAUAAAAGAGUCUGUUGAAGCAACCAUUGGUGGGAAUACUUACCAGCACAACAGGGUAAAUCAGUGGACAACCAACGUUGUGGAACAGUGCCUUAGUCAGCUCAGCAAACUAGGGAAGCCUUUUAAAUAUAUUGUAACCUGUGUCAUCAUGCAGAAAAAUGGAGCUGGCCUGCAAACAGCUAAUGCAUGUUUUUGGGAUAACAGCACUGAUGGAAGCUGUGCAGUGAGAUGGGAAAACAAGUCGAUGUACUGCAUCGUCACAGUUUUUGGACUGGCCGUUUGAUGUUUUGCAUGUUAUCUUGAAUUACAUUUUCACGUAUUGUGUAAUAAGAGUUGUAUAAUAAAAUUUAUUUGUAUUAA